GAAAUCUAAUUUUCCCUUCAAGGAACAUAGAAGGCGCGGUUUCUUUUGUUUAAUGUGCCUGAGAAUGCCUUGAAGUUGCCGUGAGGGCCGUGAAGAGUCCUCUUCUGAACAACUGCUUUCAGCACUUUUAAGAGAUUCAUCUCCCACGCAGCCUUCACAAGGUGCGUCCAACACUACGAUGAGCAAGUGCGGAAGCAGCUCAUUGAGUCGGGUGGAUAUACCUUCGAUCAGAUGGACCAGCUCCGGCGCCAGUUCAUCAGCUAUGACUGGGACAGCAGUGGUGAUGUGAGCAAGAAGGAAUUGGUCCAGCUGAUUGUGGACGUUUUUCCCGACAUGGCCCAUGAUCCGGAGAAGAGACCGUUACUCUUGCAGAUCAUGAAGGAUGCAGACGCAGAUAACAACGGCAGAUUGGACUUCUCCGAGUUCUUGCAACUCAUGCGUACCGUGGAGGACCUGGGCGAUCUCACCCAGCUCCAGAAGGAGCGUCAGGUGAUUGACCAGACACAGUUCACCAGCAACGAAGUGAGUGAAUUUCGUUCCAUCUUCCUAGAAGUGACGAAGGGCGAGGCCAGAAUGUCACUACAGGACUUCAAGGAGAUGAUGAGUCCGAUUUGUCCUAUGGGAGACAGGAACAGCCACGCCAUCUCUGCGAUGUGGUUUGAAAUUUGCGACAGCACGAGCAAAAUGUUUGACUUUCCGGAUUUCCUGCUAAUGAUGCGGCGCUUGUUGGACAUCAACUUCGCGAACAUGAACCAACGCCUCCACCGUGGACCUCAACAUCGGAAAGCCUGGUGACAGGAACGGGCCUUGGACAGCUGCUGCUUCGUGGGGUUUUGAAGCAACCAGGUAGAACUUCUGAGCAAGCAGCUAGUGCUUCUCCACCUGAGAAGCAGGCGACAUGUUUCAGCAUGAGAGCGUAGGAGGUGUAGCACUCAAGUGUAACAUGGCAUCAGGUCUUUGAGGAAGACUAUUUAUUGCAUGUACAUACAUUGAUUUACCUCUACAAUGGGUGGCAACCCAUAGCCCUCUAUGACUGAACAAAAAUUAAGUCGGAUGCUCAGUUGCUUGUUUGUUUUUUCAGAUGUGUCAGGCAUCCGGAUCAUGUCCAUUUUCUCGUUUGGGUGCUUUAUUUCGAGGAUUCCACCUGGGUUGGUGCCAUCACAGGUCACAUGCUUGCUGUGAUCCAUGGAGCUCCUUCCCACAAAAUUCGCUCAGACGGGGUCACCAAGGUCACCAAUGAACCCAUGUCUUUCCAAAGGCCAACUCCGUCAGGGCCGCCCCAAAGGGCCGCGAGACAUCAGCCAAAGUUGAUGACCUGCGUGGCGCAGACGGACGCGGCGCCUUUUUAGAUGCCAGGGGGGCCAGCUCAAACGUUGGGCCC